AUGGAGCCAAUCAGCAAUAAUGUCAUUGGAAUUAAGAAUGCAAUAUUAAAAACGUCUACCCAUUUGCAAAAUAUUCAGAUUGCCACAAGAGGAGAGGUUAAGCAAGUAAAGAUUUUAGGGACUGUCGCAAUGAUUGAUGAAGGUGAAACAGACUGGAAGUUAUUCUGCAUUGAUGUGAAUGAUCCUUUAGCCAAAGAAAUGAAUGAUGUUGAAGACAUUGAAAAGCAUAUGCCAGGACUUCUGCAGGCCACAGUUGACUGGUUCAAGAUCUACAAAAUUCCAGCUGGUAGUGCCGAAAACAAGUUUGCAUUCAAUGAUCAAGCAAAAAACAAGGAGUUUGCCAUGAAGAUUGUCAAUGAAACACAUGAGCAUUGGAGAAAGCUCGUCCUCAAAGAAAUUGAGAAUAAGGCAGGGCUAGCAUGCAAAAAUGUCACGGUAGAUAAUUCCCCUUACAAGAUGACCGCUGAAGAAGCAACGGGUAUUAUAAAUCAUGCGGCGGCACCUGCUGAAGCAAAAACCAUCGACCCUUCUCUUGAAGUGGACAGAUGGCACUAUGUCAAAAGACCAAAAUUGUAAGAAUUUGUAAAACGUCGUCCUGGUCGAACACAAUGUCAUGGGACUGUGCAUGGAAAUGCAUUCAGCUUUCGUACAAGACGUCAAGUUGACGAAAUAAUUUGUAAACAGAAUUUCACUUGCUGGCUUAAGUCAAUAAAUUUGAGAAAGAAGGA